CUCCUCAAUCUGCAUUUGGGUCCUAUUUUCCCCCAACCCUGACAGUCUUAAAGAGUAGUAGCAUUUACUCACAGCACACACUGUACACACACUGCAGGGCUACAUUUCUGCUGAGUAAAACUCACUGCCCACACAUUUUACAUAUAAGGUCAGAGUCAGGGACUUUCUAAGAAUUGUUUUUCACUUUUAUCAGCAGUUUCAAUUCACUGGGCUAUGAACUGUUUAUGUAUGUAUAAAGGGGGAGGAGAAAUAACUAAGACUUCAAAGAAAGGAGGUAAAAGGGGGAAGGAUAGAAGAGUAAGGGGGUGAGGAGUUGUUAGAUAUAAUGAAAGAUAUACAUUCAGGAAAUACUGCUGAGCAGAAUCAGAUACUGGAGACCAACCAACACCAGACAACUGAUCUCAGGGAAGACGUUGGCGUCCAAAUCCAACAAAAUGAAGAGCUUUCUUCUCCUCAUCCUCUCACUGAUGACAGGUUGUGAGGCCAGUGAUGUGGUGACGGGAUGCAGAGAAGGAUGGGUUGAAUUCAUCUUUAAAUACCCUGAAGCAAAUGGAAAUUAUCAAAGAAUUGAUUUAUUAAAGGCAGAAGAAACAAUCAUAGGAAGCAUUAGGAAGGAUGUAUGGGAAAACAAAAGCAGAUUUCAUCUGUACCAUGAUACAGAAAAUAAAACAUUCAAAGUAAUCAUCAACCAACUUCCACAUGAGGACUUUGGGAGAUAUAUGUGUGAACUAUAUGGAAAAAACGAGUCUUCCCCUGCGAAAGUGAAACUAGGCUGGUUAUUUGCUGCAGACUGCAAGGAUCCAUUUAAUCAAACUGCGUACAGAACAGCUAGAACCACCAUCACAUGUGACGAAGGAAACAAAGACGAUUAUAGAUUCAAGUUUUUCUGCAAAGAGAACGGUCCAAUCUGUGAAGAUAUUUUAUCAACAAAAUCUGCUCUGAGGUCAAAUGGGUAUGUUCACUCUCACAGAAACAGAGAGUGGCUUCACUGUGUCCAUCAGUAAUGUGUCCCCACAGCACGCUGGAGUCUACUGGUGUGGAGUGGAAUCAACUGAAGGAAGUUACAGAGCUGCUCUCAGGAAAAUACAACUGGAGGUUAAAGCUGCUAUCACAAGCUUCAGUAGGUCUCCAACUAUUGGACAGAAUGUUACAUACUGGUGUCAAUAUCCAGAGGGUGCUCCAGUAAAGAAGUUCAUCUGUAAGGGAGAAGAUCCAUCUAUAUGUGAACAUGUAGUCAGCACUGCCCAGAACACUGAGAGGUUUUCCAUGAUUGAUGAAACGGAGAAGAGAAACAUCACCAUAACAGUGAGAGGCGUAACAAAGGAAGACAGCGGGACAUACUGGUGUGGAGCAGAAAGGAAGACUGAAACACAAAGCAACCCCUUCUUCAACAGAUUUCUGAUGACUGUUGUUUCAGUGCAACCACCGACAGCCACAUUUCCUGUUUCUUCAACGACUACUGCAUUUGCUGAGAGUCGUGAUGGCCCUCAUGUCGUCAUUACUGUGAUCAUCUGUGUAGCCGCGCUGCUGCUGCUGCUGUUUGUUCUCAUGCUGAUUCUGAUCUACACACGCUUCUCAAAAAAUAAAAGAGAUGCAGCAGCAGCAGCGCAGAACGACAAAGAUGAUUAUAUCUACGAGGAGAUACAGGAGCGCCCCCUGAAGCCAGACUCAGGAAAUUCUAUAAACAAGAUUUAUUCCACUGCCAACUUUCCCACAACCCCCUCUGCCUCGCUGCAUUACUCUACCAUCAACUUUAGAAACGGCUCUGGUGAAGCUGCUGAGGUACUGAUGACCAAUCCCAGCUCCUCUGCAUGUGAUUAUUCUGCUGUGAAGGGCGUAGAGAUACCAACCUACUCUAAUGUGAACCAGCACUCUCCAGAGGACCCUCUGUACUCUAUCGUCAGCAAGACACAGCAGCAAUGAGGAAAGACCAGGCAGGGAAUUAUAAUAUCUACUAAAUGUUUGACCAUCAUUUCAGCUCAUUCAUUUUUGAUGUUAUUUACAGUGAGAUCCAGAUCAGACUUCAGGAAUUACACACAGAUAUUAGGGUGUUAGGACCUGAAUCCUGACAUCCACUCAAUCAUCCACUUUGUUUAUUGUUGGAAAUCGUGAAGAAAGGAGUGGAAAAUUAUUUGAAAGACAUUUUGUUUUUCUUUUGCAAGCAGAUAUACAUCAUUAAGCAACUUAUAUUUCAUGUCAGACGUAUUGAUAUUGUGUCAGAACAGCAGGUUUAGUUGUUACAGUAGGGGAGACUGAAAGUGUUACAUCUCAAAUGCACAAAAGAGAACUAACUUGUGAAAGUACAAGCUGCCACUUUUUUUCAACCAAACGCUAUCCAACUACAAAAGCCUUAAGCUGCAUUCACAUGAUACACCAUUUGCUCCUUGCUGAACACGAGGUUGGACGCAGAGCCUCUUGGUGAAAACAGCUAGUUAAGUUUUGUUUCUAUAGCUACUUCCCCACUUAAUAUAGCUGUCAUCUGAUUGGUUGUGCAUCGAAAGGUCUUUACUUGACUUUGAUCACAGCGCCUCGCUCCAUAG